GGACGGCUGUGAUUCCGUGCCAUUGCUGCCCGCGUUAGGGUUUUUCUGACCUCUUAACUUUAAAGAGGGAGAUGCGGCUGGCUAGUUCGUUCAGUGUUUGAAUCCUUGCUGCUUGUUCGACUUGCAAGUCUCGGAUCCCCUUGGCUAAGCAAGAUGACAAAGAGAACCAAGAAGGCUGGAAUUGUUGGAAAAUAUGGCACAAGAUACGGUGCCAGUUUGCGGAAGCAAAUCAAGAAAAUGGAGGUUUCACAACAUGCUAAGUACUUCUGUGAAUUCUGUGGAAAGUAUGCAGUGAAAAGAAAAGCUGUGGGAAUCUGGGGAUGUAAGGACUGCGGGAAGGUGAAAGCAGGGGGUGCUUAUACCUUAAAUACUGCGAGCGCUGUGACUGUUAGGAGCACUAUUCGCCGCUUAAGGGAGCAAACUGAAAGUUGAAUAGUCAAUUUGAUUAUCAAUUGUCAUUGUUAAUGGCCUUUUGAACUCACCUGUGAGGAUUGGCCUGUUAGAUUUUAGACUUUUAUGCUUCAAUAUUGAGAUAUCUUUCGAUGGACAAUUUACAUUUUAGUUUGAAACAUAUUCCUUUGGUUCCUUUUAUGUAGUUUUCCCUAUUAAUUGAACUCGGUUUCCAUUGAUUUC